AUGGAGACAGAAGUAUCUACAAUACAGGGAAGUGGACCGGAGAGUGCAUCGAAAUCCGAAGAGAUUCAGCUGUAUAAAAGACGUUAUUACAUAUUAUUAGUGUUUGCCUUGCUGUCAGCUUCCAAUUCCAUGCAAUGGAUUGAAUAUUCCGUUAUUGCCCAUAUCGUUGUCGAAUUCUACUCGGUGUCUUACGUUGCUGUUAAUUGGACUUCAAUGAUUUACAUGCUUACUUAUAUCAUUUUUGUGCUUCCCGCAAGUUGGGUUCUUGACAAAUAUGGUUUACGAAUAUCAAUAAUACUUGGUUCCAGUGGUAACUGCAUUGGAGCAUGUAUCAAGAUGUUUUCAGCAAACCCUGACGCAUUUUGGAUCACAUUCCUGGGACAAACCAUCGUGGGCUUUUCGCAAAUGUUUAUCUUGGGUAUACCGCCGAGGUUAGCUGCUGUAUGGUUCGGUCCAGAACAAGUUUCCACAGCAUGCGCUAUUGGUGUCUUCGGCAAUCAAUUAGGCAUUGCAAUUGGAUUUGUGCUUCCCCCUUUUCUGGUUCAUAUGGGUACUACGGAUUUUAUUGCCUCUGAUUUAAACCGAUUAUUUCUCAUUUCAGUCGUUGCUAAUACUAUCGUUUUCUUGCUAAUCAUAUUUUCAUUUCCAGAGAAACCACCCUUACCACCAAGUUUGGCACAACUACGAGUGCUAGAGGAUACCAGCGAGAAAAAUUAUUACCAUUCAUUGAAACAACUUAUGACAAACCCAAAUUUUACACUUCUUUUCAUUACUUAUGGAGUUAAUGUUGGUGUAUUUUAUGCCGUAUCAACAGUGCUCAGUCAAAUGAUACUGAUAUUUCACCCAAAUGAACAAGAAAGUGCAGGAAUGAUUGGUCUAUUACUGGUUCUAGCAGGAAUGAUUGGUUCAGUGCUAUGUGGCUUCAUCCUAGACCGUUUCCAUCACUUUAAAUUGACUACACUUGUUGUAUAUAUAUUCUGUGCAAUGGGCAUGCUUUUGUUUACUUUUUUGGUGAAUGUCGAACAGAUGUGGUACAUUUAUGCAAGCUCCAUACUUCUCGGCUUUUUCAUGACAGGAUAUUUACCGAUUGGUUUCGAAUUUGCAUCCGAAUUAACCUUUCCAGUAGCUGAAGGAACUGCGUCAGGUCUUCUAAAUGCUUCUGCUCAGAUAUUUGGUAUAGCACUUACUUUAUGUGUUGGUUUUAUUCUUCAAUAUGGUAGUGUUUUAGCCAGCAAUUUAACACUUACGGGAUUUCUAAUUUUUGGGACUUUUCUUACUGCUCUUAUCAAAUCUGAUUUACGAAGACAAAGAGCUCACGAAAGUAUUCCAUGCAUAUUACCGCAGUUGCAGUCCGAAUCAGUAUAG